GUUGUCACCUUGGGCCCGGGGCACCUCGAGCAACCCCCCGGCCAGCUGCUGGACGCGGCUGCCGGCCGGGUCGGCGUGCGGAACCGGGUGGCGAAGUACCUGGUGCCCGGGGACCCGCUGUACGGCGAGGCGGCGGGCCGAGCGGUGAGCUGGGCGGACUACGACUGGCAGAUGCGACGGGUGGGGACGUGCAUCGGCACGCCCUACGGAGAGCAGUGCGACAGCAGGCGGCCGCCUCUGCCAGGGAGCCGCGCAGCCUGA